AUGCGCGCGGCUGGCCUCUGGAUCUUCCUCGUGGGCCUCUCCUGCGCCCUUGCUGCCAAGCUCGCAGAGGCGCCUCCCCGCCGUGGAAGCGGGGGCCUUCUCGCGCAGGAGGCCGGACAUCCGCAUCCCCAGGCGAUUCUGCAUCUGGCGCAGGCAUCCGCCCCGCUCGGAAACCAUACGCUGCGGCAGCAUUUCGAGGAGCUGCUCAAGCUGGUUCGCGAGGAGCCGAGGUAUGUGCUCGGCGUGCCCAAGGUGGCUUGGGCACUCGGACUGGCCAUGGCAUCGGUGAUCACCUACAUCUUCAUGGCCCCGGUGAUCCUGACGAUCAUCAAGCGCAAAACCGGCGGGAAUUGA